AACCGUCGCGUUUCUGGGGAGACACCUCAACAGCCAGUUACCACCGCGCCCGAAGCCUGCCGACCGGCCGCCUCCAUUACCACCGCCACCAUGGGGGCUGUGCUGGGCGUCUGCUCCCUUGCCAGCUGGGUUCCAUGCCUUUGCAGUGGUGCGUCAUGUUUGCUGUGCAGUUGCUGUCCCAACUGUAAGAAUUCCACACUGACCCGCCUCAUCUACGCUCUUAUUCUUAUCCUGGGCACUGCUCUGUCCUUUAUCAUGCAAGUUGAUGGUGUAGAAACUCAGCUGAAAAAGAUUCCUGGAUUCUGUGAAGGGGGAUUUAAAGUCAAGGCGACUGAUAUAAAGGUGAAUAAAGAUUGCGAUGUCCUGGUCGGUUACAAGGCUGUGUAUCGGAUCUACUUUGCCUUGGCCAUCUAUUUCUUUGCCUUCUCUCUGCUCAUGUUGAAAGUAAAAUCCAGCAAAGAUCCCAGAGCAGCAAUACACAAUGGAUUUUGGUUCUUCAAAAUUGCUGCCAUUGUUGGUAUCAUGGUUGGAUCUUUCUAUAUCCCUGGGGGCCAUUUCACCACAGCCUGGUUUAUUAUCGGUAUGGCAGGGGCCGCCAUCUUCAUCCUCAUUCAGCUGGUGCUGUUGGUAGACUUAGCUCACUCUUGGAAUGAAUCAUGGGUAAAUCGAAUGGAAGAAGGAAAUCCAAGGUGCUGGUAUGUUGGUUUACUGUCUAUCACAAGCUUGUUUUAUAUCCUGUCAAUCAUCUUGGCGGUGCUGCUCUACACGUUCUUCACCAGAUCAGAUGGCUGCACAGAAAACAAGUUCUUCAUCAGCAUUAACCUGAUCCUUUGCGUUGUGGUUUCUGUUAUAUCAGUCCAUCCCAAAAUUCAGGAGCACCAGCCCCGUUCUGGCCUUCUCCAGUCUUCCAUCAUCACCCUCUACACCAUGUACCUCACGUGGUCAGCCAUCGCCAACGAGCCUGAUCGUUCCUGUAACCCUGGCCUGAUGGCCAUCAUUGCACAAAUCACUGCCCCAACCUUGGCUCCUGGAAAUACCACAGCUGUCGCCCCUACCAUUACUCCACCUUCAAGGAAUGGGCCUUCUCUGGAUAAAGAGAAUUUUAUCGGGCUGAUAAUCUUUGUUCUCUGUCUUUUAUAUUCUAGCAUCCGCACUUCCAGCAAUAGCCAGGUAAAUAAGCUAACCCUGUCGGGAAGUGACAGCGUCAUCCUCAAUGAAACAGCUAGUGGUGGUGCUGGCGAUGAGGAAGAUGGGCACCCUCGCCGGGCGCUGGACAACGAGAAGGAGGCAGUGCAGUACAGCUACUCCUUAUUCCACUUCAUGCUCUGCUUGGCUUCCUUGUACAUCAUGAUGACCCUGACCAACUGGUAUAGCCCUGAUGCACAGUUCCAGAGCAUGACCAGCAAGUGGCCAGCGGUGUGGGUCAAGAUCAGCUCCAGCUGGGUUUGCCUUCUCCUCUACGUCUGGACUCUGGUGGCUCCACUCGUCCUCACCAAUCGAGACUUCAGCUGAGCCUCUAAGUGCCAAGGAUACCUGUUCAAUUCAUAAACGUUUCCUUUGCCGAAAGCCCAUAUCCCUUCUACUUUUACUUUGACUAAAAUAUUAGGUGAAUGCUUUGCAAAUUUGACUAUAUACAAAUUUGUGUAACAGGGCAAAAUCGAAUAAUGCUUGAUGCAGGAUCUGAACUUUUCAUUUAUAUGAUUAUUAUGUUUAUUUGAAAGACUAUAGCGCAAAGGGAACAUUUUUAUGUUUUAAAGUGAACUACAGCUGUGCUGAAGAAAGCUCUUUAUUAAGACCUGUAGGUUCCUAUAACUUUGAUUUUAUUAAAAUGUAAGAGAGAAAACCUGGAUAUUUGAAACCAUUGUUAAUAUAUUUCUAUUGCAGUAUCCUCUAAAAAAGAAAGCUUUUCUGUGGCAUUUUCCCUCUAUGAAAGUCUUGUGACGUAAGCACUGUGUCUAGUCCUUGAACUCUUAGGAGGGGGUAGCAUUGUCGUAUGGGGAGGAGGAUGUGUGGGUCCUUCCUGAGGAGGGGGGCUGAUCGGCCACUGCUGCUACAUCUUGAGAUUGAUCAUUUACUUUUUUACAUUAUAGCAUUGAGGCUGCUUGAUCCAAGUCUGUGCUUUACCAGAAAUGUUAAUUUUAGUUGCUUUAUAGGUUUGGUUAAAUUGAAGACACAAGAGUCACUGGGAAAACAGUGCAACUUUAGCCUUUGUAAUUGUCUCGCUGUGAGUAUGUAAGUGUAAAAUGCAUGUGAGCUUACUAUAUUUGCACUAUAAAGGUAUUUGAUUAAAAUAGAAAGACUUAAGCUUUUAAGACCCUUUCUUUUAACAGCUUUUAUGAGUUCACAGCCUUUCUCUCUCUUUCAGACUUACACGGGCAGCUGGGUUUAUCAAGCAUGAAGCAGAAUACAUCUGUUCCUUUUAAAACUUAAGGUCUGACUAAUGGGUGAAGUCUUGGAGUCACUCAAAAAUUAAGCUGUCUUGUCUGGCUAAGACAGUUGGGUAGAUAGAAAAGGAAACUUUCAGAAAGGCAGCACCAAGGACAUUUAACAGAAGUUUGUUCUUCAGCAAUGCCAUAGUGAGCGUCUCAUCUGUCUCCUGUACCAUCAGGUCCCGGGAGACACUGAAACAUGGCAGGCACUGGCUCAGAGGAGGAUGAAGAUGAGCUGAGAGGCGAUACGGUGUGGUACAUAAUCAGUGCUGUGAUUUAGGGAUUGCAGAGAACUCAAAGGAGGGGUACUUGGGAUAUGGAGUUUGUCGUGCUAGACUUCUAGAAAAGUGUGACUAAGCCAGGAAGUGUUAGGGUUAGCUAAGAAAUGGGGAGUGAGCCAGCACCGCUGAAGGUAGAGAACACUGUAUACUGUCAAGAGUUUUAAGCAAGUGGUGGUGCUCAGCUAGCUGGAAUGGAAGAUGUGGUCAGGGACUAUCAUGGGGGCUUCAUAAACCACACUAAAGAGUUUGGACCUUAGGAAGGACAACAGCAGUUAGCACAUGGGGGUGUGAACAAAUGUAGUGUCUGUAGCUACUGUGGUUGGUGUGCGAAGAGUGGGUUUAGGGAGAUGCAACCAGGGGCAGUUCAUCCAAGAUUUCGAACUAGUGGCAGUGAGGUAAGGGAGAACCUGGCAGCUAUUUUGUAAUUAAAUUGACAACUGGCUAGUUACAGGGGAGAGUUUGAAUUGGCAAUUGGUUAGUUAUGGGGGUUCGUGAACAAAGUCAGCCUAUAGCCUGGGAAGGUGGUAGCUCCCUUUAAAUAGGUAAGAAACAGGAAAAAGGAACAAGUUGUGCCAGGGGAAGAGUGAAGGUGGUUCCUGAGAAUGGCAAGGGCACAGGCGG